AUGCGACCAAACACUUUUUAUAUGCAACUGGUCUCGUUCUGGGUGGAGCUGCUAUUGGAUAUUUCACAGCAGAAAACGAGACUAUAUGCUACUGUAGAGUCUGAUGUAAUGGUGAUUACCUCCCCUCUCCACUUCCAGUUCGUUUACAAGCUCGGCUACAAAUUGGCCUUACGUAGAGCUAGAGUUAACGCAAAAGUUCAACUUGCAAAUGAUAAGCUAGGACUUUGUAUUGAAAUCUUUGUUUUCAAGGUAGUUGAUACCGUCGAUGUGGAAGAUAUCGGAGAAAAGAAAGCAUUCUGUCGAUGUUGGCGGAGUGAAAAGUUCCCGUAUUGUGAUGGUGCACACACUAAACACAACAAGGAAACAGGCGAUAAUGUUGGUCCACUGGUCGUGAAGGGCAAACAUUAA